AUGGCCGGUCCACUUACUGGAACUGCGAGUCCACUCCCUUUUUUCCGACUGCGCGCAGCGGCGGCGCCCCGCUCGACUCACCGGCCGGUGCACGGCUCUCCACGCAGCCUCCCAAGCCCCGCCGCUAAUGGUGAUAGAGCGAUAGGGAGGGAGGCUCGUCCCCAACCCCCCCACCAUGAAUUCGCCGCCGCCCAGCCGCCACACUUGGGUCGGGUCGACGGCGCCACCCGCGAGAUUUUGCUCCGCAUCCCGCCGGACGACCCGGCGAGCCUAGUCCGCGCCUCCGCCGUCCGCACCACCUGGCUCGAAAUCAUCUCAGACCCCGCCUUCUUCCACGGCGCGUCCCCGGUGCUGGGCAACCUCCACAAGAAAUCCUACGAAAGCCAUGGCGUCGCCCCAUUCGACCCCACCGGAGCCUCCUGCCCGCUCGUUCGCGACCGCCGCAACUGGCACGCGGCCGACUCCCGCCAUGGCCGCGUUCUCUUCUACACACCCAGAGAGAAGCAUGCGGAUUUCAUUGUCUGGGACCCCAUCACGGACCGCCAGUGGGGUGUUUCCACCGACCCCAAGCUGUCGGAGAUAAUUGAGACUGCAGACGACCAGCAGGAGGAGAUAACCUGGGUGGCUCCGGUGCUCUGUGGCAAGGACGGCUGUGACCACCUGGGCUGCCAUGCCGGUCCCUUCUUGGUGGCCUUCGCGGGCUCGAACGAGAUUCAGAGCACCACAUUCGCCUGCGUCUACUGGUCUGAGGCUGCCGAGUGGAGCCAAAUGAUCUCCAUUGAGAACACAAAUGCCAUGCCACCAUGGAGUACACGAAUGCCAUUGAGGAGACCGGGCACACCGCGGUUAUGGGAAAGAAAGUCUAUUUUCCCGGCGAGUGGAGCAGAAGAAUGGUGGUGUAUGAUGUGGGCAAGAACUUUCCGCGAUCAAUUUGCAGAACCAGCCACACGGUGAACUCAUUGGGGAGGAAGGAAGGUGCGCUGGUUUUUGCGAGCAUGGGGGAUUCUGAACUCUAUGUGUUGUUAAUGGAGGAUGGUCCCAAUGGAGUUGUGGCGAGGGGGCAACACAGGGUCGUCGAGCUUCAAACGUCGCUAGGAUGGUCCCAAUGGAGUUGUGGCGAGGGGGCAACACAGGGUCGUCGAGCUUCAAACGUCGCUCCCUCCUAGUGCCCUCUCAAAAGCAUACUGGACGGUGCGCAAAACCUUAGUGAGUGGUUGACCCUCGGUGGUUGGUUUCGUGAGCGGUGCUAGUGUCAUCUUCCUAAAUACAGAAGCUGGCCUGUUCGCAGUCGAGGUCCGUUCUGGCCAAACAAAGAAGGUACACAGAAAGAUGUUCGUCCAGACUGGCAUACCCUAUGUGAGCUUCUACAGUCGAGAACAUGUCAGGAUCGUAAUGCCACUGCAGUCAAAACGUGGCCGUGGCGACCAUCCACAUGAAUCGGAAACUGUUUUGCCUGAUCAAGCUGGGGUCAGGAUGCCACUGCCAUGAGAUGGGCCAUCCAUCCAUCACGAAGAACCGGCUGCCGUUUCACAAUGCGGACUAAAGCACCAAGGCUAGACCAUUAUGCCGUGUAGCUGCAUGAAUGUUGUUCAAGUUUCUGUGGAGAAAUGUUGGAGCCUUUUGUGAGUAUGAUGUGAAGUAUUGAACUUUGGACGUGGUUUCAGAGGAACAGUAGCUUUUCAGUCAGUUUGUUGGAUAUAGAGAAAUGGUAGCUUUUCAGUUAGUUUGUUGGAUAUAGAGAAAUGGUAGCUUUGUAUUCAAGUGUUCAGUUAGUCCAGCGUCACCGUAUAAUUACAAGAUUGUGAAUUUUGUUAUGACUUGUGACAAACUGUUUGCGUUGUGCUGUGAGUGAGACUUGUUAAUUUGUGUUGUGACAACUA